AGAUCAAACAGAAUCUUUUCCGAAUGCUUCCCUCCACUUACAAACCUUCCUCCUCCAGUCCACCUCUUUCUCCCCUGUUUUUCUGAGCUUUCUUCAUUCCUUCCUCCCCAAAUGCACCUCAAUAGCUUCUUUACUUUCAGUAAACCUUACCAUUUUCUUUCUAUUUCUACCAUCUUUACGAUCUUAUGGGCUACAGCUUUAUCCGUCGACCAACAUUUCAAACCCUGCAAUGUCGGAAACUGUGGAAAUGGUCCAAAUAUAAGCUAUCCCUUUUGGAUUGCUAAUCAACAACAGUCUUACUGUGGUCUCCCCAAUUUUGAGGUCACUUGUGAUGGAAAAAACCCGGUUGUAUCGAUUUCGGGUGACAAAUAUAUCAUCAAAGAUAUCUUCUACUCCAACAAUUCACUUCGCUUGGCGAGCAAAAUGCUUUUGAACUUUGAUAAUUCGUGCCCACUUCCUCUCCAUAAUUUUAGCACAGAAACAACUCCAUUCAUCAAUAGUCCAAGCUAUGCGGAUCUCUUCUUUUUCUACCGUUGCACCAAAAAUCCCAAAAAAUUUCAAACAUACUCAGUUUCUUGUGCUAGCAAUUCUACCCAUCACUCUUUUGCUGUUUUUCAUAUUGAUAUUCUGAAGCACCAUAAUUACUCCAUUGAUUCGUGCCAGUCCUUGGUUAAUGCACCGGUGGAAGGUCAAGAUAUCAGAGAAUUGCUGAAGAUGAACUUCACUGAUGUUUUGAGGAAAGGGUUUGUUUUGCAAUGGAACCAAACUUAUUGCAAUGAUUGCCAGAGAAGCGGCGGGAGCUGUCUUUGGGUUGAUAACGAAUUUACCUGUUUUUGCGCCGAUAAACCCCAUUCAAGAACCUGUGAUGACGGGAAGAGAUUGAGUUUAACAGCAAAGCUUGGCAUAGGUUUUGGCACAGCAGCUGGUUCCCUCCUUAUCAUCACGGGCCUUGUUUUCUUUAUUCAUAAAGGCUUGAUGAAAAAGCGUAAUAAACCUACACGUACCUCUUCAAUGUUGCCGACGGAUCUUGAGAAAGGAUACGCCCACAGUGGAAUAAAAACUUUCACCUAUGACGAGCUCGUACAAGCAACUCACAAUUUCGAUACGAAGAGAGAAAUAGGAGAUGGAGGAUUUUGCACCGUAUACCAAGGCAAGCUUCAAGAUGGGCGUGUUGUAGCGGUCAAGCGAUUGUAUGACCAUAAUCACAAGAGGGAAGCGCAAUUCAUGAACGAAGUCGAGAUACUCACAUGCUUGCGCCACCAGAACCUUGUCUCCCUAUACGGGUGCACCUCGCGCUACUGUCAUGAGCUCCUCCUUGUAUAUGAAUACAUUCCUAACGGCACAGUUGCUGACCAUCUCUAUCACGAACGAGCAAUACCCAAAUCCCUCUCAUGGCCCACUAGAAUGAAGAUUGCCAUAGAAACCGCAAGCGCAUUGUCCUACCUCCAUGCCUCCAAUGUCAUCCAUCGCGAUGUUAAAACAACCAACAUUCUGCUAGAUAAUAAUUUUUGUGUCAAAGUCGCGGAUUUUGGGCUCUCCCGCUUCUCCCCAAUUGACGUUACCCACAUUUCCACUGCCCCUCAAGGCACUCUCGGAUAUGUGGACCCCGAGUACUACGAAUCCUAUCAACUCACUACCAAGAGUGAUGUUUACAGUUUUGGGGUUGUUUUGCUUGAGCUUAUAUCAUCGAAGCCUGCUGUGGAUAUCAAUAGGAAUCGUCAUGAGGUCAAUUUAUCAACCUUGGCUAUAGCUAAGAUACAAAGUCAUACUUUGGACGAUCUUGUCGAUCCAGAACUUGGAUUUGAAUCGGACCAUCAGGUGCGGAAGAUGAUCACUGAGGUGGCAGAAUUGGCAUUUCAGUGUUUGCAAAAUGCUAGGGAGACAAGGCCAUCUAUGGAAGAGGUGUUGGGGGCUUUGAUUGGAAUUCAGAGAGAAGAUUAUGAUGCAAAAAGUGCAGAGGAACUGGAAAUUCCGGCUCACGAGGCAGUAAUGCUGAAAGCUAGCUUAGUUGGCGAGGUAAAUAGUGCAGAGUGAGCAAUUAAGUUUUAUUGUACCCUUUCAAUUAUACAUUUUCAGGUGGCGAUUCCAUCUUCUAUCUACUAGUGAUAAUUAAUUAAUACGUUGAGAUAUCUUGAAGAGGAUGUACAUUGAAAUUAGGCGAUUUCUUUGGGAUACAAAAUCCAACUCGGCGUGUUCUUUAUUUUAGUAGUACUAAUUAAUUACUACUACGACUGGGAAAGAGGCAUUUGUAAAUUUGACGGAGAUUGAGGAAAUAAUACAGGGUAUAGUAUUAUAGUACUAAUUGA